AUGUCUUCCACUAAGAACAAGGGAAACGCUCUUGGCGCCAAAACUGCAAGAGCGUGCGAUAGCUGCAUAAGAAAUCGAGCGCGUUGGUACUGUGCCGCGGACGAUGCGUUCCUUUGUCAAGCUUGUGACUCUUCCGUUCACUCAGCGAACCUAUUGGCGCGUAGACACCACCGCGUUCGCUUGAGGAUUGUUUCAAGCAAUAACACCAACAAAAACUCAUCUUCUGGAAUGAGUAAUAUUCGUGCUCCGUCUUGGCACGAAGGGUUCACCAAGAAACCGCGAACGCCACGUCACGGGAAGCAGCACCCUAACAGGGCUCUGAAGAGCCCCUUCGAUGUGGUGGUACCUGAAGUGUUUCCCGAAGACAAGAAUUCGAAUUCCCAUGAACAGAGCUCGGAUCAGCUUCUUUAUAGAGUGCCCGCAACUCCUUCACAUGAGCAAGGGAUAUCCGUGAUUGAUGAGAGGAAAGUUGAUUUGUUUGGAUGUGAAAGCGCGCUUGAGAUCGCGCAGUUUGGUGCCGAGGUUGAGAGCUUGUUGGGUGAGGGACUAGAGAGUGAGUGUGUGGGAAUGGAAGAGUUGGGGCUGGUGGGUACCAAGGAGGUGGAGGAGUAUGCUGCAAAGGAGUGUUGUGUGGAUGGUGGGUAUGUGAAGGAGGAGACGUUUGAAUUGGGAUUUGAAGAGGUGAAGGAAAAGGUUAUUAUUGGGUUGGAUGAGAACCAACAAGUACUCGUAGAGAAGGAUGAACAAAAGAGGAAGAAGAUACUAUUGUUGCGGUUGGAUUAUGAGGCUGUUAUCACUGCUUGGACGAACCAAAAAUCUCCAUGGAUUACUGAUAAACCAGACUUGGGCACUCAGCAUCAUUGCAUGCAUUGUGGCGAAUUGGGUGGAUUAUUUGCGUGCCGUUCAGCAAUGGCAGAAGGGGGAAGAGAAGCAAGAGUAUCAAGAUACAGAGAAAAGCGGCGUACGAGGUUAUUCUCGAAGAAGAUUAGGUAUGAGGUUCGAAGAUUGAACGCGGAGAAAAGACCCAGAAUGAAAGGGAGGUUUGUAAAGAGGCCUCCUAUAGCGACACCACCGACUUUUCCUUCGCUAAGCAAACAAUAA